AAGCGCGGAAAUCGACUCUGCCGUUCGAGCAUGCUUUUGCAGCACAGUCGAUAGCGCGCCGGACCUCGGGGUAGGAGGUCGAGGGUUCGAGACCUGCUCCCUGCUGUUACAUUACAGUAUAUAGCCGAGUCUCAAUUCAAGGGCUGUAGAUGCUGGAUGUGUAGCCUCACCUCAAACCGCCGUGCAAUUGUAAUGUCUCCAAAAUUGCCAGAGGGCGCAGUUCCUGAUCGGGACACAAAACCCUUUACGGCUUUGUUGGAUUGGUAAACAUGUUUUAACGCGAAAUUAUAGAGAAUGCAUUGUCGGAUGGGAGGCUAUUUGAGGAGCGCUCGGGGCAUCUAUCUAAUUUCUCACUGAGUUGAAGCAUAGGUUGGGCUCCAUUAUAAAGCCAACCUCUCCACUAAAACACGGCCCAAUUUGGAGUGUGGUUUUAUCAUGCAGGAAGGAUGGAUGGUAAAAAUCAUUUUUUUCUGACAUCUUUGGUACGCUGAGAUUAUUAUUUGUUUUGUGUCUGCAAGAUGGAGCCGCAAAUGAUUUCCUACUUCGUUUUCUUGGUUUUUGCGUUUUCAGAAAACGUCGGAUGUAUUAGAGGAAGGGUUGGACCUAAAGUGACCGAAAAGGUGUUCUUUGACAUCACUGUGGCAGGUCAUGAAGUUGGCCGGAUCGUGAUUGGCCUGUUUGGAGAUGUUGUUCCCCUGACUGUGAAUAACUUUGUGGCUCUUGCCACAGGGGAGAAAGGAUAUGGCUACAAAGGAAGUACGUUUCACCGGGUGAUCAAGGACUUCAUGAUCCAAGGAGGUGACUUCACAGCUGGAGAUGGAAAUGGAGGUAGAAGCAUUUACGGGAACCAAUUUGCUGAUGAGAACUUCAAGCUGAAGCACAUGGGAGCAGGUUGGGUCAGCAUGGCCAACGCGGGCCCAGACACCAAUGGCUCUCAGUUCUUCAUCACUGCAUCCAGGGCUCCUUGGCUGGACGGGAAGCACGUGGUGUUUGGGAAGAUCCUGGAGGGCAUGUCUGUGGUUCACACCAUCGAGCUCCAAGACACAAAUGACCGGAACCUGCCCUACACAGAGUGUGUCAUUGUCAACAGUGGGAAGAUAGAAGUCAAAGAGCCAUUUAUUGUGGAUGUGGAGGGUUGGUAGGGUUAUCACUAUGCGUGUUACUGUAUUCAGAGAAAUAUUAUGCAGUUGUUUAAGGCUCUCUGAUGUGUAUACUAACUUUUAACAAAAUGAAUACAGUCAUUAUGAGAAGAUGUCAUUUACAAUUUAUAUCUUAAAACCGUUGUAAUUUAGUUUGUUAACCUACACUCAUUAACUGCCAAAAUUAUCAGUAUGUCAUUUGCACUAUCCACUCAGCACUUUGUCAUGCUAAGCUGAAAUAACUUUUAGUUUUUUACAAUGUUGAAAGACUACACAAAGUAUACAAUACUUUACUUAUUUUCACAUAUCAAAUGUAAUCACAGCAGCUGUAUGUUGAGAAAUGUGUUUGAAUAUGUUAACGAGGUUCCCUUUGUGAGUAUGUUUUAUUAUUUAUGAGAAAUUAAAUUGUGGGGAUUAAUCUGGACAAUGUAGUAGCAAGCUGCAAAGUUAAUAAUAUUUAAAAAACUAUUGCACAAUUGCAUAGAAAAUUGCUAGUGAUUACAUCAGGGCAAUUCCACUGUAACCGAAUUACACUUUGACUCGGAUGUUUCACUUUAAAAUGUAUGCCAAACAAAAACAUAGAUUUCCAAGUUUAACAAACCAUAUAACUCCAUGCACAAUGAGUACUUUGAACAAUUUACACUUACAUUUACUUAAAGAACUGUGCAGAUGCAAAGUUUGGUAAUAGAAUUACGGUAAAAUCUCCAUCAGUUUCUUAUGCAACCACGUUUUCCAAUAAUUAAGAUUAAAAUAUUUAUGCAGAAAGAAUGGGGUGUCAGUUAUGACAUGACACCUUCAGUUUGAAAUAUUUUAUGUUGGUUAUUGAACUACAGUAGGUGAAGUGGAUUUACAUCUGGUAACGGAAUUAUGGUAAUGGUAUUGCAUCAUGGAUCCCUGAUCUGUACUAAACAGAAAUGCAUAACGAAGGAUAUGAAUAUCAUUCUCAUCAUGGUGAUGUAUCCUGAAUAGGUACACAUAGGUAGAAACAUGCAAUAUCCUUGUUUUGCAUAUUAGAGUUUUUUUCUACACACUGGCUAUUAUUGUAAUGAGCAUUUGGUUGGUAUGCACCAGAGUACAGUACAGUAUAGCACAGUAGAGUAGAUAUGUUCAGCACUCUUCAACAUUGUGUUUUGAUGUACUUUUUCUGGUAGAUGUUGUCCAAGACCAAUUUUCCAUCUGUUUGACCAGAAAUCAAAGUCCAACAUUUUUGGAUGGAUUUUUUGGGGGAUAUAUAUAUGUGUAUGUAACCGAUGUGAAAUGGCUGUCUAGUUAGCGGUGGUGCGCGUUUCAAUCGGUGACGUCACUCGCUCGGAGACGUGAAGUAGUCGUUCCCCUUGCUCUGCAAGGGCCGCUGCUUUUGUGGCGCGAUGGGUAACGAUGCUUCGUGGGUGUCAGUUGUCUAUGUGUGCAGAGAGUCCCUGGUUCGAGCCCGGGUCGGGGCGAGGAACGGACGAAAUCAUGUUAUGCCAUGAUUUCUCAAGAAUAUAGACUCUUAGCUUUGAUUUGACACCCAAUUUGACAUGCUCCUAUGAAGUUCACAUGUUGGUGCUCAUGGAUCCUUUUAGAUGGAAAUGCCCUUUGUCAUAUGGGAAUAACAUUCUUUUAAAAUUUUCAUCCAUAGAUUAUAUGUUUUAAAAAACCUAGCAAUUCAUCAAUCUUCAUAAACAGUAGCUCGCCUUUCAGAGAUAUCCACAAGCAUAUCAUAUACAGUUGAACUUGGAAGUUUACAUACACUUAGGUUGGAGUCAUUAAAACUCGUUUUUCAACCACUCACUUACAGCUUGUCAAUGAAAGAUGACAUUAAAAAUAAAAGUUAUUUUGUGUGUG